UCCUGGCUAAAGGAACAAAUAGCGGACCUCUUGGUCUCCUCGCCCGGUCUUCAGUCUCCGUGUCUGUUCUUGCUGGAACUUCGGGAUGUUGUAAAUGUCAGUGCUGAGAGCAACAGAUGAAGAGGCUUGAAUCGUUUUGUCUGUGAGGCAUUAUGGUGCUGGAGACAGUCGACGGUGAGUUGUGAGGCGGUGCUGUGAAUCCAACAUGGAAGCGCAGAAGGAUGAAGGCCGAGGGCCGUGGUCAUCUUCGCCUCCCGCUCCCUCCAGCUCUGUCUGCUACAGGAGCGGUCUCAUACUCUUCCUCCUCUUCUUCCUUAUUAUUGGCAUCUUUGUGGGCCUGGUUAUAGCGUACCUUGUGCAGGAGCAGCAUCAUUUCGUGGAGACGGUGGAGCUCAGAGGUCUGAAGUACGAUGCUGCACUGCAGGAUAAGAGCUCUGGUUUCUCCAUAGUACUGUCCUCAGUUUUAAAGUCCAGGAUUAAAAAUGUCUUCACCGCCUCAUCCAUAACACAUCACUUUGUUGAUUGCAGCGUUGUUGCCUAUGGUAACAUUAAUGGAGAUGUGAUGGCGACGCUCCGACUGGUCUUCAGGGUGUCCAAGAUCCAGCAGUAUUCGGAAAACUUUGUUCAGGACUUGCUGAGUGCAGGGCUCAGCUCACUGAUGCACGGGAAACCGCUGGAGGUGCCUGAGUUUGGACGGAUCGACACUAUCAUCCUGCUGGGAGCCAGUGGAAAGUCAUUUUAUGCUAUUGGAGACAGUAUGAUAGCCAGCUGUCCUGACAACACUUUCACCUGUGACAACGGAGAAUGUGUCACUAAAGUAAACCCAGAGUGUGACUUCGUCCCAGACUGCGCAGAUGGAUCUGAUGAAGCUCGCUGUGCCUGUGGUACGCGUCCUGCCAUGGGGAGUCGGGUGGUGGGCGGUGAGGACGCACGGCAAGGGGAGCUGCCGUGGCAGGUCAGCCUGAGGUUCCAUGGGCAGCACAUCUGCGGAGCCACCAUCAUCAAUGAACGCUGGCUCGUCAGUGCAGCACACUGCUUUGAGAGGGUCAAUAACCCCAAAGAAUGGACAGCCCUGGUUGGGGCGACGCUGGUGAGCGGUGAGGAGCCAGAGUCCAGAACGAUUAACAUCAAGUCCAUAACUGUGUCUCCAGACUACAACCCCAUGACCACGGACAAUGAUGUAACUGUGCUGGAGCUGGAGACGCCGCUCACGUUCAGCUCUUCCGUGCAGCCUGUCUGCAUUCCCUCCCCAUCUCAUGUUUUUGCACCUGGUCAGAGCUGCAUUGUGUCCGGAUGGGGUGCCGUGCACCAGUUUAGCUUCACGCUGCCUUCCACGCUGCAGAAAGCUGUGGUGAAAGUCAUUGACUCCAAGGUGUGCAAUAAGUCAUCUGUGUACAGAGGAGCGAUCACUCCAAACAUGAUGUGUGCUGGAUUCCUGCAGGGCAAGGUGGACUCGUGUCAGGGGGACUCUGGAGGACCUCUGGUGUGCGAGGGGGCCCCGGGAAGAUUCUUCCUGGCUGGGAUAGUGAGCUGGGGUGUGGGCUGCGCUCAGGUCAACAGACCUGGGGUUUAUUCCCGUGUUACCAGGCUCCGUAACUGGAUUCUAAGCCGGGCCGAUCCCACCUCGGUUCAUGAUUAUGUUCCCACUGUGACAGAGUUUAAUACCCCACCAGCACCCAGGACCUCAGCUGAUAACGUGUCGUCUGCAGCAGCGCUGCCGCUGUCUGCCUUGAAUUGCAGUGGAAACUUCAAGUGCAGCUCCACUUCCUGCAUCAGCAAGGUCAACCCGGAGUGUGACAGAGUCGCAGACUGUCCCAACGGGGCCGAUGAAAGAAACUGUGACUGCGGCGUGCGCCCUGCACUGGGCUCCCAUAGGAUCGUGGGCGGAGUCACGGCUCGGAGGGGAGAGUGGCCUUGGAUCGGGAGUCUUCAGUACCAGAGGCUUCACAGAUGCGGUGCCACCCUCAUUCACAAUAGGUGGUUACUGACUGCAGCGCACUGCUUCAAAAGUGACUCUACUCCCAAUAACUGGGCCGUGAGCCUGGGAUCUGUGCUGCGAUCUGGGGUAGGAGCCCUGGUCGUUCCCAUCCAUAGGGUAAUCAUCCACCCGGCCUUUAAUGGCACCAACAUGGACCAUGAUGUGGCUUUGCUGGAGCUGGCCGUCCCAGCCCCGAUGUCUUACACCAUCCAGUCUGUCUGUCUUCCAUCACCAGUACACCGCUUCUUAAAGAGCGCAGAGUGCUACAUCACAGGGUGGGGAUCCAUGAGAGAGGGAGGUUCAUUGACCAACCUGCUACAGAAAGCUGCCGUGAGCAUCAUUGACCAGACGGACUGUCAGCAAUCAUACGGUAGCGUUCUGACUUCAAGCAUGAUGUGUGCGGGAUUCAUGGCGGGAGGUCGGGACACCUGCUUGGGAGACUCUGGAGGGCCGCUGACGUGCCGUCAGCCCUCCGGUCAGUGGUUUAUUGCUGGAGUAACCAGCUGGGGACACGGAUGUGGCCGAGUCGGUUUCCCGGGAGUUUACACUCGUGUGACGUCUAUCAGGAGCUGGAUAUCCACAUACCUACCGUUCUGAUGAAGGAAGAACUGUGUCUGCAGAGAACUGAGGUCAUGCUAAACAGCCACACACAAAUACUCAGUGUACACAGCACUGACCUUUGUGACCCUCCGGUCACAGGUGCUGUCGGUAGUGCUGUGCUUUUACCUGAACUGGGCCCAUCCUCCUCCCACCUGAACUGUGGCUUAAACAUUCAGCUAGCACGGAUCAUUUGGAGUAUUUAUUACAUUUAUUUAUUGUCAUGGAUGGUAAACACACUGCACAUGGCCUUGUGUGGAGAACAUUCAUUUAUGGGUCAAU